AUGGAAAGCCUUGAAGCCCUCGCCAGUGCUUUGGAUGGAAGCGAUCCGUUAAAAGAGUUUCGUCAGAGGUUUAUCCUGCCUACCUUGAAGGCGUUGAAGGGUCCAGUCGGAGAAACAAACGGUCACACAGAGGAAGCUAACAACGGAGACAUUGACUCCGGCGUUAUUUAUCUCUGCACAAAUUCCCUCGGACUUCCACCCAAAGCCACCGGUGAGAACCUAGCCAAGGUGUUAGAUGCAUGGGGCAGCUUAGGGGUGCUGAGUCACACAAAGGGCAUCUCCCCCACAGAGAUUUCGGACAUUCGGCCAAAGCAACUUCUUGCCGAGUUCCUAGUUGGCGCAAAAUUUGAAGAGGUUGCAGUCAUGGAGAGCCUCACCGCCAACAUUCAUACUCUCGUCUCGUCCUUCUUUGUACCAAAGGGCAAGAAAUCUCGAAUCCUCAUUGAGAAGAACUCUUUUCCAUCUGACUAUUACGCCAUUGAAUCACAGCUCUACGUGAAGGGUGUCGACAAGUCUGCCCUUAUCGAGCUCGAUCUUCGACCCAAUGGGAAGUACCUGUCAACGGAAGAAAUCGUGGAGGAGAUCAAACGUCACGGUGAAGUGCUUGCCUUUGUCUGGCUUCCAGGAGUGCAGUACUUAACAGGUCAAAUGUUGGACAUCCGCAGGAUUACUGCAGCAGUGCACGAGUACUGCGACUGCCCGAUUGGAUGGGAUCUGGCGCACGCUGUUGGUAAUGUCCCUCUGAGUCUGCACGACUGGAAGGUGGAUUGUGCCACGUGGUGUGGCUACAAGUACCUUUGCGGCAGUCCAGGAGGUUACUCCGCAAUAUUCGUCCACGAGAAACACCACUUGAAGGCUGGGUCCCAUGUGCCAACAGACAAACACGCCUACGGGCCUAGUAUGAGCGGGUGGUGGGGCCAUCGCUAUUCUACACGCUUCCAGAUGACCAACAAGAUGGAAACUGAGGCAGGCGCCGACGCCUAUCGCCGCUCGUGUCCUUCCAUGCUGCUGAACUCAGCUCUUACAUCCGCGCUAGAGGUAUUUGCGGAGGCGGGCGGAAUGAAACCCAUCCGUGAAAAAUCAAUAAAGCUGACCAAUUUUCUCGAAAAUCUACUUACUAACGGUCCGUAUGCUUUGCCUCCGGAUUCGCUGGAGAUAAUUACUCCGGCAGACCCAGACUCGCGUGGAUCUCAGCUCUCCCUGAAAAUCAAUGUCGAUGUCGAUAAGUUGUAUCGACGACUGAUCGAUCGUGGAGUCGUGUGUGAUACCCGCAAGCCUUGUUACGUGCGGGUGGCGCCAUUCGCACUCUACACUUCUUUCACCGAUGUCCUCAAGGCCGCUAAAAUCAUCCAUGAAGAAGUCAAUGACCUGAUCGACGAUAACUGUUGA